AUGCCAGCGACCCCAGAGCCUCAGGGUAUCCAAGGUUCGGCCUAUGAUACCCUCGAUACUAAUGCCGGGGCCCGAACAAUGGCCUUCACGCACACGGCACUACCAAUGAGCAACUCGAUAGCCUCAAUAGAAAAGUUCGGCCGAGACAAUCCAACUCGACCGCGUCACAUUGUCUUACGCUACCUGGAGGAAUUAUUCAUUCCAUUUUUACAUUUACUUGUGCUUGACACCACUGUUGAAACUGCUGUGAAAACAGAUGAUGGCAAAUGGAAGCUCACGCUACGGCGCCGAAAUGUCCAACACGGCACGUCAAGUGAACCCAAGGAUUACUGGUGGGAGGAGCAAUUUGAUGCAUUGGUGGUAGCCUCGGGUCAUUUUACAGUUCCUAGUCUUCCUAAUAUUGAAGGUCUAGUCGAGACCUCCGCUGAGUUUCCGGACAAGUUUGAGCAUUCCAAAUCCUGGAGAUCUCAGGAUUCGUAUGUCAAUAAGAAAGUUGUCAUCGUUGGCGGCGGCAUAUCCGCUGCAGACCUUGUUGAAGACCUCCACCAAAUCGUCAAGGGCCCGCUUUAUGUCUCCCGACGUGGGAACGUGGGCUUUCUCGAAGAUGCAUGGCUUCUUCCCAACGUGGUCGAUAAAUCAACCAUCUCGCGCAUAUCCUCUGCCGCUGGUGGUACGGUAGAAUUCCAGGAUGGAACAAGCAUCACCUUUGACAAGAUCAUUUUCGCAACGGGAUACAAACUCUCCUAUCCGUUUUUGCCUUUCGAGGCUGUUACUCCACAGAACAGACUGGACGGAUUCUACCAGCACAUUUUCCGUAUCGGGGAUCCCUCCCUUGCUAUCAUCGGACAGGUGAGUCUCCCGGUUCCAUUAUCAAUCACAGUAUUCAAAAGAAUUUGGUGGGACUUUGUGCUGACUCGCUCAAAGGUCAGAGCAGCAAUUAGCUUUCGCAUCUACGAGUAUCAGGCUGUGGCAGUCAGUCGCUUCCUGGCCGGGCGUUCUCAAGACUUGCCAAGCAAAGCAGAACAAGAUGAAUGGGUGGAAAAGAGACUACAGUACAAGGGUCCUACCGAGCUCUUCCACGAGAUAAACCCCGAUUUUGUGGAAUAUUAUGGCUGGUUGCGAGAAUUCGCAGGCUGCGCGGAAGGAAAGCCCACGGAAUAUCUAUUGCCGGAAUUUGAAGAAGAUUGGGUUCAGAGUGAUAUCGAAAUCCUACUGGCAAAGAAGGAGAAUUGGGUGGCUCUCCGAGCUCAAAGCCGUGAGUUGGAUUAUGGAAAACGACUUGCAAAGACCAGUAUCAAUAGCCGCCUCUCGCGAUAA